GGAGCGCUUUGUCCGGGACUCGCUCUGGCUCUUUGUUUUGCUUCCCAGCAGGAAGUAAAAGGCGACAUGGGCCUGGAGGAGCUGGGCGCUCGUCUCAACGACAGAGGGUAUAAAAACUGGCUGAAGGCAGCCAGGUGUCUGUGCUUCCUGAGGGACGGUCUGCACCCCUUCACCGACCAGCACAUGAGAGUUUUCCACAGAGAGCUGCUCGACGGGAACCCCCUGCUGCGGAGACCCUGCCAGACGUCAUGCCGACCGAGAGGGACUGAGCUUUCCAAUCCAUGCAGGAUGUGUUCCGAGUGGCAGAAGGUGAUUCUGAGUCAACACAAUCAGCAAAAUGCCACACUUCACUGGGACAACUGCUCUCCUCCCCAAUGGAGAACAGACCACUGGGAACUGGCUAAGGCCUACAUGCCUCGGGGUCAGGGUAAGAAGACGGCUGCAGAAAAGUGCGAUGCCUCUGCUCUGCUCAACCUCAUCAACUACUGUAAACGUUUCCAGUCUGUGGACCUGAAAUGUGUGAGAGAGGUGAUCCGUUGCAGGAAUGAGUUGAUGCAUUCUUGUGAGUUCCAUGUAACGGAUGAAUGGAUGAGGCACUACCGGACCGCUCUGAAAAAGCUUUUGCAGCAGUUCAGCCACAUACCACAGAUGGCAACAGUCGGUCCGCAGAUAGAAGAGAUGCUGAACGCUGAUUUGUCGAUAUGUGUCUCCGGUUUGGACCGCACGGAUUCCGUCCUCGUGGAUGGACUGGAGUUUGAUACCGUCAGUCAAUGGGAGACCAGCGCCAGCGCAAUUGGUCAGUGGGAGGCUGAGUUGCUACAAGAGAGGCUGCAGGAGUUACUGCAUGCCGCCACUGACGAGAAUGAUGGCGAUACAAAGACACGGGACACUGAGCAGUUGAAGAGGCUGCGUGGUUUCCUGCAGGCCAACACAGAUCUGGCUGAGAGGUUUUCCGCAGAGCUCCAAACCAUCAACUCACUGGAGGCCAAAGAUUAAGAGAGAAGGACGAGGUGACAAAAAGAAUUAGGAGCUACCUGAGCACUACGUCUUAUUUACUAUUAAAAUGUGUCAAAGUCACAGAUCAAAUGACAUUUUUGUAUUUGCAUAUAUAUAGUAUUUUUUUUAACAAAAAAUGUCAAAUAAAACAUUUGAGGAAAUCUA